AUGAUUGAAUACAGGAAGUGUGAAACAAGGCAUAUUCUCUUCUUAUUAUUAGAAAGCGUGACCAUCACACCACAGGACUCUCGCUGGGUUGGGGCUUGGUGGUUGGGUUUCGUUGUGGCUGGCCUAUUGAAUAUCCCUGCUGUUUUUCCUUUCUGGUUCUUGCCAAGAGCUCUGCCUGAAAACUCCCAAACCUCCGAGCUAGACCACCCCUCAGAACAGCACAAAACCACACCCAGCCUUACAGAGAUAGUCAAAGACUUACCACCAUCUUUUAAACGUCUGCUCACCAAUAAGAUCUACAUUCUGUACCUGGCUUACAGUACAGUGGCAUUCAACACCUUUGCCAUAACCAUAACAUUUAUGCUAUUCUCAGGAGUGACGUCUCUUCCGGCAGUGGCUCUGGGUAUUUUUCUGAGUGGGUUGAUGAUGAAGAGGUUUAAAUGGGGUCUGCUGACGUCUGCAAGAGUGAAUUUGUUCGCCGGUGUCGCCAUGAUUUUUUUAACCGUACCUUUCUUCGCUCUCAGCUGUGAAGAUCUAGAUGUCGCAGGGGUUACAGUGCCCUAUCAAGGCAACAUGACAAUGACUUGUUCAUGUGGCAGAUCUACAGAAGAUAUGGAUAUAAUCAGUGAUGUACUCCCUUCUUGCAAUGCUGACUGUGGUUGUUCAGACUUCCAAUGGGAUCCAGUGUGUGGAGAGAAUGGAGUGACCUACAUCUCCCCUUGCCAUGCGGGCUGCAAUUCCACCCUGGGUGCAGGACGGAAUAAGGUUUGUAAGUGUAUUUUCCUCUCUCUUGUCUUGUUUUGUCAGACAUUCCAUGACUGCAGGUGUAUUCAGAGCUGGGGACUGAGCGUUGGCAACUCCUCUGCAGUUCUUGGCCAGUGUUCACGAGAUCCCAACUGCAACAGAACGUUCUACAUUUAUCUGGGAUUGCAGUCUUUGGCCUUCUUUGUGUACAGUCUUGGCACUGUUCCCUUUCUCACCAUGUCUCUAAGGAUUGUGGAUCCUGAGCUGAAGUCUCUCUCUGUGGGAAUGUUGCUGUUAGCUAUAAGAGUUUUGGGUGGUAUUCCUGCACCCAUUUACUUCGGUCAUCUUAUUGACUCUACCUGUCUGAAAUGGGCGCUGAAGAAAUCUUGUGGAAGAGGUGCCUGCAGACUUUACGACAUUGAGACGUUCAGGUUUCUGUUUCAAGGACUGACCUUCGGUCUUCGAGUGUUAGCUUAUUCCCUGCUCUGGAUAACCACCCUAGCGAUAAAGAGGAAAAGUGCAGAAUGAGAAACAAAUGUCCAAAGACACAGAACUCCAGAAGUCUCCAUCUGACGAUCCAGAAUAUCAGGAGACUAUAAAAUAUUGUUCUGUGGCAUUUUUUAACGUACAUGUGCAUUUCUUGUCAUUAUUUUCAGUGUUAAAUGUAGAAGUGUAAGCAAAGUUGAGAUUAAAAAGAAACUGUUCAACUGUG